AUGUUAGCAACAACAGCACCAAACUCUUUAGUCAUGAACCCAACUUCAAUGUUAGUAGAAAUGAAAAGCUUCAUUCCUUCUUCAUAUACUUUCGAAACAGAAAUCCAGAAGAUAAAGCAGGAACUUCUCCAAGGAGAUUUAGACUGCACUGCAAAAGAUGAAACAAAUGAACAGUAUCUUUAUGAAAUGCAGGACCUGGUGGAACAUCUACCUAAACUUCCUGAAAUACAACAACAAAAGCUCACUAUUCAAGAAUUCGAUGAAAUAGAAGUCAAAGCAACCGACUCAGUUGAAAUUAAGAAGUUCAUACGUAAUGUAAACUAUGAGUUUCUUGGAUUUCAUUGCAACCACAAAGACUGCGAUAUGGUAUAUUUCAUGGACAUAUAUAAAUCUGAGGAGUUUAAGACCUACGACAACUUUGUUUCGUUAGUUGCUGAGUGUGUCUUGCAGAUAAGAGGUGAGGAUAGAAGAGGUAAGGUAUGGAACCAACAAAUAAAACCAGCAGCCUUUGAGUUAAAGAAAACCAUUUACGCCUUGGUCAUACUUGCAGGUAAGGUUUCAGAAUAUAACGCUAAAAUGAACCCACAAUGUUCAAAAUGUAAAGCAGCAACAAGGAAAUAUAACUACUCCGUCAAAGAGAUAGAACGUAUGAGAAAAGACUAUGCUGACUUAAAGAAAGAAGUAGAGAAACCAGCAGAAGAUAAAAUGGACAUGUUGACAUUUCUGAACAAAAACUAUCCAACAGCUGACGAUUUCCUUCUAUCUGACGUCAAGAAGAAAUAUAAAGAAACAUUCGGCAUUGUUAAAAAAUUCGAUGUACUAAAAGAAGAAAUAGAAGCCACAAAACUGUUUAAAGUCAUGAACCAUCACAACAUAUACCAUGUAAAACGCUUGUGA